CAGUGGAGCAGGGUAGAUUCCUUGAAAGCAAAUAGGGGGUCAUGCCCUGCACGGUAAACUACGCAAUUGAUGUCCGUAUCGGUUGUAUUCACAUGAAGGAUGUGGGAUGAACUGCAUUAACAAUCACUCUUUCAUAUUCAUGUGAAUUAUGUGGGGACAUUGAAGGGUAUCCAAUGGCUUAACCUUUAAGCCUCGUAUUCCCUUGUAACUCAAGAAUCAUGCAUUGCAAUUAAAAGCAUAUAUACAUUUUUAUAUCAAAGGAAUCACAAUGUGGGCAUUAUUGGUUUCCCUCCUAACAUGGCAAAAAAGAUGUGUUUGUGUCUGAAACUCAUGGCAAUAGCUUUGAUUUUUGUUGCUUUCUACCCUGAAAAUGCACAGGGUUUGAAGAGGAACAGGACAGAGAGAAUAACAAGAUUGCAUUUCUAUAUGCAUGAUGUUGUAUUUGGGCCUAAUGCAACAGUGGCACUAGUGGCUUCUCCUUCAGGAAAUUUCACAAGUCCUGGAUUUGGCAAUGUGUUUGUGAUUGAUGAUGUUCUUACAGCAGGGCCAUCACCCUAUUCUAGGGUUGUUGGAAGAGCACAAGGAAUGUACAUUGCAGAUUCACUCAAGGAACCUAGUUUGAUGUUACUGUUCACCGUUGUUCUUCAAUCAGGGAAGCACAAUGGGAGUACCAUAAGCAUUCAGGGGGCUGACAGGGCUAUCCUUCCACUGAGGGAGGUUUCUGUCGUCGGUGGCACAGGGAGGUUCAGGUUUGCAAGAGGGUAUGCAGGGAUCAUGACACAUUCACUGAAUCCAAGCACGGCUGUAUUGAAAUUCAAUGUUACUUUGCUACAUUAGGGUAAUGUCCUUUUUCUAGAUUUAGCUUAUCGAACAAACUUUGUCAUUUUACUUCAAAGCAAACGUUUAGGACUGAUUCCUAAUUGAUGUCAAUUAGUGCUAGGUGGGUUUUAGGCCCCUUUCCUGUUCUGUUUGGGUUUGAAUUCAAAGGAUGAUUCAGCCCCUUGUUUGAAAGAUUUCAGACCCAUAAUAUCAGGAUCCUUGUUAACUGUGUCUUAGUUAUUAUGAAUGGAAAAUCAUGGUAUAUCACAAAUUUA